AUGAUGGCUGCAAAAGAAACUGCUAUCAACUUUUGUACUAAAAGAAUUUCUCUUGCUAAUAUUAGGCCAGAAAUCCUUACUGAGGUCCAUAAAUUUCCUUUUCCUUUUCAGAAACUUAUCACAGAAGAAGUACAUGCCAUCUCAAAAAGGCUGGAAGAGGGAAAGUGUGCACCAAACCUUGCAAGUGCAGAAUGCUCAUAUAGAUUCUUCAAUCGAACAUUCGAAGAGGGUGGCAUGGAAGUAUAUCAAACCUGUAGUAUUGUGGAAGUACCUGUAAUUCAGAAUUCAGUUGAAAAAAAGGCAGCUGAAAAAAGUCAAUCAAGAAUGAAUGAAUUGUUUGAAAGAACCCAAGACUGCUACUAUAAAUUGGCAGAGGAAAGCAUAGAUGAAGCAUCAUGA